UCUAACCUGUCUAUGGUUUCUAACCUUAAUUUUUUCAUGUGCAUAUUAGGUGUUUAUUAACAUCAUUGUAUUAUUUUAAUUAAAGAGCCCAUUCAACUACAUAAAUCCGUAUGAAUUUUAUUCACAAUGCAGGUUUCAGACGUCAAUAACGUUAAAAUAUACAAUUUAAGUGUAGGAAAGUCCUUACCGGAGUGGUUGUCUGAACGAAAAAGAAGGGCUCUUUUAAAGAAAAAUGUUGAUCUCAGAAAACGAAUUGAGCUUAUUCAAGAUUUUGAUAUGCCAGGAGUUAGCAAUACUGUAAAAGUAUCUAAGGAUGGUCAAUAUAUUUUUGCAACAGGAGUUUACAAACCAAGAAUCAAAUGUUUUGAUGUUAAUAACCUUUCUUUAAAAUUUGAAAGAUGCUUUGACUCUGAAGCUGUGACCUUUGAGGUUUUAAGUGAUGAUUUUAGCAAAGUGGUGUUUCUACAAUGUGAUAGAUACAUAGAGUUUCAUGCUGCACAUGGAAGAUACUAUAGACUCCGUGUGCCAAAAUUUGGCAGAGAUAUGCAGUAUCAUUAUCCAUCUUGUGAUUUAUUUGUAGUUGGAGCUACUCCUGAGAUUUACAGACUUAAUUUGGAAAGGGGACAGUUUUUAUCACCUUUUUGCAGUUCUUCUGUAGAAAUUAACAAAUGCGCAAUUAAUCCCAUACAUAAUUUAAUAGUUUGUGGAACUCAGGAUGGAAAAAUCGAAGGUUGGGAUCCUCGUACAAAAAAUUGUGUUGGAACAUUAGAUUGUGCUUUUAGUUGUAUAAACGAAAACAAAGAUUUAGAGGGAUUUCCCUCUGUUACAGCUUUAAAAUUUAAUGGAAGUUUAACUCUUGGAGUAGGAAGUGCUACAGGGCAAAUUUUACUUUAUGACAUAAGAUCAAACAAACCUUUCUUUAUUAAAGAUCACCUAUACAAUUUACCAAUAAAAGAUGUGGAAUUUCAUUACAAUCAAGAUCUUGUUUAUUCACUGGAUGCAUCUGUCUUAAAAAUAUGGAAUAAAAAUGAUGGGAAGUUGUUUACAUCAAUCGAANAUAUUACCGAAAAUAAAAAAUAUUUCAUUACAAUUUGCUGA